UUCGUUGCCUACCACAUAUUAAUUUUGUUGGGAAAAAGCUAUCUACCUAGUCGGUAUGCAGAAAACUAAAGUUCCUGCGUUUAAAAUGGGUUUCUGUGGGUUGAUCCGAUCAUUCUGUUUGGAGACAACUAUUAUCGGUUUAAAGUAUCUUUACCUGUAUCCAGAUAAAAUAUCUAGAUGUUUCUGGACAGUGACGCUGCUGACGUCAUUCGGCUUCGCCCUCUACCUGACGCGGUGUCUCUACGGGCGGUUCAUCGAGAUGCCGACGCGCAUCACCAUCGAGGACCAGUAUGCGCCCGUCACCCGCCUGCCGUGGCCCGCCAUCACUAUCUGCUCUCCGAACCAGCUGACUAUUAGUCGUAUGGAGCACUUCAAUAAGACUUUGGUUGACGGCAACCUGACCCUGGACCUGGCGUCCGCGCUGCCGCAGCUCAUCGGCUUCUACGAGCUGCUGACGGACCAGCGCCGCGACCUGAUGGACCACCUGCAGGAGCUGGUCGACCUCAACCGACAUAUCGUGUGGCGGGUAAUGUCGGACCUGGCCCAGAGCUGCGAGUCCUUCCUCAAGCUGUGCGUGAUGGACGGGCGCGAGGUGGACUGCCGGCGGCUGUUCCGCCCCGUGCUCACCAUCCACGGCGUCUGCUGCAUCUUCAACAGCCCCUUCCACCGGACUAAGCUGCUCAAUCAGUUCGACCGGAACUUCACUCCGCGGUUCCCCACGGGCAGCUCGGGCGCCGACCGGCUCACGGUGCUCACGGACGCGCAGCCGUGGGACGCCCUCGACGGCACGCUGCUCAAUAUUGGAGCUACGCGGAUAAUGUUCCACGACCACACGGAGCUACCCGCGGACGACGACUCCAGCCUGGUGUACCCGCACCUGGAGACCUUUCACUCGCUGCACGGCACACACACCUACUGCUCGGAUGAGGUGCAGAGCCUGCCGCCGAAUAGCCGCCGCUGCCUCUUCGACACAGAAGGCGACAUGGACUGGACCCAGGUCCACGGCUACCGCAACUCCGAUUGCGACCUCAUGUGCUUCGUGGAAGAAGUCCUCAAGCAGUGCCACUGCAUCAUGUUCUACGUGUGGUACGGCUACUUCCGGAUCAAGGGCGUCGGGUCCUGCAAUAUUACGAGUAUACCCUGCAUUAUUGAUACUAAACGCAACCACCUGAACAUCUGCGACUGCCCGCGCGACUGCGACUCGCGCGCCUACGUCUCUCACAUGACCACCGGCAACCUCGGCGCGCUGCCCUACAUGGUGCAUGAUACAUAUAAACAUCUACAAAUAAAUCAGAGCAACUCGCUGAUGCAUUUCUACUUCUCCAACUCGUUCUACGUGAAACAGAAACAAGAGACGGUCAUGUCCUUCAUUAACUUAGCGUCUAAUCUCGGUGGAGUAUUUGGUCUGUGCCUCGGCUGCAGCAUCAUCAGCGUGCUAGAGAUCCUCUUCAUCACAUACAAGAUCAUAGACAACUACUUCUAUAACCAAAAAGUUCGGAAACUCAUCUUAGAAAAGAAAUAAAACGAAUAAGGAUUUCAAAGAAAAGCCAUGGUUUUUCGGGUGUAUGUAAACAAAAGUUUAUUUUCUGAUUUACAUAAUACAUAUAACAUUUCGAUUCUUACGUCUGGA